UUUAUCAAUAUAUUUCAUGCAGGCAAGCUAUGAAGAACAUUCACAAAAUGCUGAAACCUGGAGGAGAGAUGUUUAUAACAUUCAUGGAGAGGAAUCCUUUCGACCAGCCCUACAAAAAUUUGUCGAAGUAUGAAAAGUGGGCAAAAUAUGGACAUGAAUUCUUCAUAUCUCCUUUUCACCAUUCAAAUAAUUCAUAUGAUGCAUGGAAAGACGCUGUGCAAAAAUCUGCUCCAUUUGAAGAUUGCAUUUUUUCGUUGGAUGAGACGCACUUUUUAUACGACGAUGAGAAAGACUUCGUAGAUACAUGGACUGCCGUCAACCCAAUUUUCAAUAGCAUUCCAGACGAAGAUAAAGAAGAAUACCAAUGCGAUCACAUGGCUGAGUUGAAAGGGCAGCCGAAUGAUUUCAUCCCUGUUGAAAUAGAUGAGCAGCAACGAUAUAAAACAGAGUUUAAUAUGAUAACAAUAUUUGGGAAGAAACCUUACGAGAAAUCUUCAAUCGUAUACCCCAANCCGUAA